UUACGGAAAGAAAAGCUUUUUCGAAGGGUGUUCUCGUUCGCUGGAAUUAAUGUUUCGCCUAAUCCAAUAAAGAUCAAAAGCAGUAGCUAUGUGGAUGUUAGAUGUCAAAGCCUGUUUGAGCCAAUCAACGGAGCCAAAAUGCUGCACUCCGAAUUACUGCCCCCCGCUGGCCACCAGGGCAUCUAUGCUCCACUAAGUCAGGCAAUGAGCGAUUCCGAAUCGGACGAGGAAAUUGAGAUCCACAACGCCGCCAAUCAUCGACAAAAACUGCAACAGAAUAUUCAGCAAGCUCAAGCUCAUCAGCCUAAUCCGGAGCAUCUCCAACCACAAAGGAUACGCAUCCCGCCGAACACACUAGCCCUGAAAUCACCACAUACGCGAGCAUCACCUACGGCCACCAGGAUUGUGACUCGAAAUCCAACCGGGAGUACCCAGAAAUUCCAACUGGAGGGCAGUACCUACGCUACUAACAUGCAGAAUACCUUCCGUUCCGUCAUGUUGAGCGAUAAUGGUGGAGUUGGCUCGGAGUUGUCCCACUUUAACAGCGAUUUCGAUGUGAAUGCAGAUAAUGUAGCCAUCUUGGGGGACCAUGAUCAGACCGGUGAGGACCUGUCCAAGAGGAGCCCCAUGUCACCGGCAAGAAAAUGCUGCUUUAUAGGUUGCCUACCUCUGUACUUCAUUGCCAUCGUAUCCUUUGUAUGGCUGAUACCCUGCGGUAAUCCCGAUGGCAGUGGAUCCUGUCGAGCCAUCGGAGACCGGAUAAAGACCCACAACUGGUUCAAUAACUACACAAAGGCGGAGCUUAAGGGAGGAGUUAAUGUGGUCGGUGGUCUAAGAGCCUGGGAGAACAACCUGAUAUUCAUGUACCGUGGUGAUGCCUUCUUCCCGGAGUUCCGUCCAGGUAACGAGCGGCGUAAUGGCAUCAUCUGUUUGAUUGGUUCCUCGGGAGCAGUGGCUUGGUUUGUGGAGAUGGUUGAUGAACCUGUGGCCCUCGACUGUACCCUCAUAGACAUAGAUGGCAAUGGGAAACCUGCUUGUUUAGUGCUCGAUGAAUAUGGCGAACUUGGAGCCAUUCAUCCCGUCUCUGGUGAAUGGCUGUGGUGGUUUAAGGAGCGAUCAGCACGAAAGGUGGAUGCCUAUGAUUUCCCCGUCAUCCUGCCUGAUCUAGAUGCAGAUGGAGUGCUGGACCUCCUGCUCGUGACUAGCUUGUCACUUGUACAGCGUACUAAAUCGCUUGCCCAGCUCAAACAUGAAUCCCCGGAAAAACUAGAGGCACGCAAUGUGCUCCGCAUGCUUUCGGGCAGAAAAGGAGUACCUAUUGGCGAUGGCUUCACCAUCCACGACUGCGACACUCUAAGCAACAUGAAGCUCGAGGCGGGCAACGUGAGCUUCACCUGUCAGCGGGGCAAUGGCACGGAGCAGCAGCGUUCUAAGAGUCUGGCCGAGCUGUAUGCUCUGAUCACCAACAAAUCGAUUGUAGGCCAACGACUAGGCACCUCAAAGAUCUCGCAGCACAGGAACCAUGGCCAGCGGCGUGAGCUGGAUGCCCAGAGAAACAUAUAUUCUCUAAGUGGACGUGAGCUCGUGGUGGAAAACCGAGGACGCUGCCCCGAGAAUUGCAAUGUUACCUUUGUCCUAAGUGAAGUCCGCGAUGGCAAACCCCAUGUGGUGGAAAACUUCAUCAAGAGCGGAAUGUACGGCAUGACGCCCGCCCAAUGGCACUUUAAGAAUACCAAGUCGCAAAUGUCUGGCUUCGUGAUGAAGUUCUGGAAGUGGCAUGACCUGAUUAAGCCUUCCAAACAGACCUCCGCCUCCAGUAACAGCAACAAUGUGCAGAAGAGUGGCAGCAACAAUCAUACCAAGAACAUGAAUGCCAUCAAGGAUAAAGAAAAGUCACAGGCUCAAUCAAAAAAACAACAGCAGCACCAACGUCUAAGAAGGAGCACGGAUGCAAAAGAUCUCGAGUUUCAACCACCUCACCAUGAGUUCGAUGUAUUUGAGCACUUGAAGCAGAAGAGGGAAACAUUCGGGGUGCCAUCUCCAACUAAAAACCUGACCAAAUCGGGUGGAAUAUCUCCCGGCGGAAGCUACAAAAUGAACAUGAUUACAGAGACCGUGCUACUAGUGGUUUUCGUGGGGGCAGAUACCCACAUUGAGAACACCUCGCAAAGCAACAUCGUCCAGUUUUGUCGCCACGACCGCAAGGAGGCGGUGUGCCAACCGGAUCUGAACAACCAGGACCACUCGAUGCUUGUUGCAGAUCUCGACCAAGACGGGUCACAGGAGCUAGUCACAUACAUGUCCACUUUUGUGCAUCCCGAGGAUCAGCCGCUGAGUGAAUGGAAACUGCUGACCUACGUGCGUUUAUUGCGCCUCCAAGCAGAGCUUCCCGCCUACUUCGAGGUCCACAAGCACAACUAGGUGGUCAUUCAAAUAGCUACCAGGAACUGAGUUGAGUUUAGUGCAUUUAGCCAGCCGCAAGCGUGCUGUCGAACAUAAAUAAAAGUUUAAACUAGUUAAUAAAACCGUUUCUAGCCACCCAUAAUAAAUCAGUCUACAAAUAGAUUUCAA